UAACAACGCAAAAACAGCAUUUGCAAUCAAAUUCGUGUAUCCCCACGCGUGCCAACCUGCGGACUUUGGCACUGGGCAUCGGCUUGCUUUCUGCUGUUUCGCUUGAGGAAGCGGCUUGGGCGCCAAGAAAGUGCACCAAGUGGUUUGGUCUUAUCUUACUUGAAGUGAUUUUCCGGGCGUAUAGCUCAUAGGUAGCAGGUUGCAGGCCGAUGCGUUCUCAAGCGACGGGACGCAGCACAAGUCUGCAGUGCCGUCGCUCAUCACGGGUAACGCCACCACUCCAGCGGGGCUGCUCCCGAAUCCGGCCCCAGAUCUUGGACCCAGCUCCGCUCACCUUUGGUGAUAACGCCGUGGCAUCACGACCGUCACGACACGCCGAUCACGCUUCCCGCAGUCGCGUUGUCGCCAUGUCCUUUUUAAGCGAAGCCUUCAAGGGUGCAAAAGCUGACAUAGACAGCGCGGGCAACGCGUUCCUGCCUCGCUUGGCUCGCACCCUCCGUGUGGCUCGCAUCCUGGGAGCCGAGCUCGCUGCCAUUGUAGCGCUAGCACCGUACGGAGCGUACGCCAUGUCCGUUUACAGGCGCCUGCCGUCUUUGGCACCAAUGCCGGCGCCACAAACCCCACCCGCGGACCCCGGCUCGCCUUCCCCUCCUCCAGCCCCGGCAAACCAGCCCAACCAAGCACCAGCAGCAGCAACAGAGACAGCCUCAGCCCCCCAGCAGCAGCAACAGCAGCAGCCGCUGCCGCCGCCGCAACAGCUGCAACCAGACUUCACUGCCGUACUCCGAAACCUGCCGCCAGGUCGCGACGGUGUUGCCGUACAUCGUCAAGUGUCGUACGGCCCUGCUCCACGCAACACCCUUGACAUCUACGUACCGCUACUGCCUCCGCCGCCGCCGCCACCGCUUCCACAACAGCCACCGCAGCAGCCAUUGCAACAAGCAGCUCAGCAACCGCAGCAACUGCUACCGGUCGUAUUCUUCGUACAUGGCGGCGUAUGGGCUAGCGGCGAGACGUGGCAGUAUGCGCCCAUGGCUACCCGUCUAGCGCAGGCGGGGAUGGUGGUGGUGGUGCCCACAUACACACUUUACCCGGAGGCUUUGGCGGGCACCAUGGUGGAGGAGGUAAGCGCCGCGCUGACCUGGACAUUCGACAAUGUACGGAGGUACGGCGGCGACCCAGAUCGCAUCACCGCCUCGGGGCACUCUGCGGGCGGGCACCUGGUGGCAUGGGCGCUGCUGCGGCGUGCUGCGGAGACGGCCGCCGACCGAUCCGGUAUAUCCGCCCGCACCGCUGCAUCAUCAUCAUCAGCAGCAGCAGCAGCAGCGGCGACGGCGGCCCAGUCGGGUUCCCUCGCCGCCUCGCACCCGCACCCCCACCCACACCACCAGCACCCGCACCACCAGCACCAGCACCAGGAGGAGCCACAUCAGCCCCCGCAGGGCUCCGCGGCUCAUGCAGGAGACCGGCUGGAGACGGCUGCCUACCUGCUGGGCGGGGCAGGGCCCUCCCUGCCUGGAGCUCUGCAUGCGCUGAGGGCCGUGGCGGGUGCCCAGCUGCACCCCACACCGGGCGUGGAUAGCUCCUAUGAAGAGGAGGAAGUAGAAGGCAGGACGGCGGGAGGCCAGGGGCCGGAGCAGGACGGUGGUGGCGGGGAUGAUGGAAGCAGUGAGGGUGCGGCAGCAGCAGCGGCGGCAGCAGCGGCGCCGUCACAUGCGGAGGUGGACACACGCAUGCCACGAGUGUUUGUGGGAAUGUCGGCCGUGUACGACAUCGCGAAGCAUUACGAGUUUGAAAAGAGCCGUGCCGUACAUGAGCUGUCAAUGAUGAAACGCGCGGUGGGUGGACCCGCGGGUUUCGCCGCUGCCUCGCCUAGCGUUAUCCUUGCGAGGGCAGCAGCAGGAGCGGAGGCGGCGGAGGCGGCGGGGCCGUUGCACGGCAGCAGGAGCGGUAACGGCAACAGGGUCGAUCACCACCAUGCUUCCCCCUCCUCGUACUACACCUCUUUUGAGCUACUGGGGGACGCCAUCACUGCACGUGCGGGGCUAGCAGGAGCAGGCGGUUGGGGUGCCAGCAGUAACAAUGGCGAUAGUGGCAACGGCCGCGGCGGCGACGGGUGUCCCCAGGGCAUGGGAGAUUUCAGCUUGGCGGCAGCCCGAAGACUGCCUCCGUUUGUGGUGAUGGGCAGUUGCGCAGACCAUAUGGUGCCCUGGCAUGAGGGCGCAGAGCUUGUGGAUCAGCUGAGGAGGUGUUCCGUACCUGUACGGCAUCUGCUGUACAACCACAUCGGUCACGGCGACUUUGUCAUGCCGUGGCGACCCAUGGACCUUCGAGAGCGGCAAGCGCAGCUGGACUCCGCUGCUUCUGGUAGCGUUACCGGUAUCGAAAGAAGCCGAGACGUAGAGGCAAACACAACCAGCAGUAACGCCAACGGUAAUAACGGUAACGACCCGGGCAUGGAGGACCUCCUGCCAUGUGCGAGAGACUUCCUGCUCAUUGCCAUGGGCCGAGUUCAACCCGUACAAGACACAAACAGGGGCCAUGUGGGUCGAGGAUUGUUGCCAUCAGGGAUGAUAGCAGCAGGGGCAGGAGAGCAGCAGGGGGCAACCGGGGGGGUUGCAGGAGACGGGGAUGGAGCGGGGUUGGGUCAGGCUGAUGCGUCGUUGGCAGCUCGUUCAAGGCUGUGAACCGAUGUUGCAUGACGGGGGCUAAGAGGGGUCACAGAAGGGCUGGGACAGUUGUAUGUGCCACUUGUGCCCGUGAAUUCACAGGCAAAUAUUUUAAACAUGCAUGGAAGCCUAGGAGAGAUGGGAGGGAUGGAAGCCCGCCGGAUGAAGAGCCCGGAAGAAAUUGGGCUGUGCUAGGAAUCGUUGGCACUUCCAUUGUUGGUCG